AUGCCCAACACAAACACCCCCUACAAUCCCGCAGCUCACAGCACACCUACCACACUACUUCCCGAAGAGGUUUUCGGCUAUAUUGAUGUUGUAACCUUGGCAGAUAUUCACCGGUACCUCCGGGAGAGUGAGGCACAGGACGACAUCGACCUUGCGGCAUGGAUCCAGGAGAACUAUCUUUACGGCGUUGAAAAAGACCAACCUACAGCGACAAUUCGUACAGCCCAAGGCUUUGCUCAAUUGGAUCGAGCAUAUCGCCGAGUGCGAUCACUUACUAACAAAGCUCAAGACAAGUGGCCGUUCUUCGACAGAAAUUUCAAGGAGAUGUCCUCAGCCACAGUUCGGAACAACGCACGCGGUGAAGCCGCUCCGGGAGUAUUGUACCCGAUUGAAAAAACGCACAAGGCUUUGACUGCAGUUGAACAGCUGGGCGCUUCAACCGUAUCCAAUACUUCUUCAGCCCCAGGACUUCAGGUGCCGUUUGUUUCGGUAAAGCCAAGCCGCCACCAGCUUUGUAGACAAGAGGAGGCUCGUCCAGCGCAACAGAACCCAGUUCUUCCCCCGUCCAAUCUGCCAGCAACUCCUGCUCAGCAGCAGGCAGGUGAGAAGGAUUCAGUUCAUUCGCAAAAUUUGGCGCAGGAGAUUUCUAUGUGUAUGGACACCAUCACAGACGCCAGCAGCCGAGAAAUGAUCCAACCUGAACUGCCGCAGCCUGCAGCAACCUCGAUCAGACGGACGCGCGACGCAGCUGACGAUGUCAAGCUAGAGACCCCGUCUACAAGUCCAUCAAGUCAUUCCAAGCUCAAUGAUAAUGACUCCAAGGCGGACCCCAUUCGAGAUGCUGGCGGUGGCAAGGUCCGUGGACCGAAUGGCCGAUAUCUAUCCAAAGACGACGAUUUGUCUAGCCUGAAGAAGAUCAAGAAACCCAAAGGAAAGGGUGGUAGGCCAAGCUUGAAAUCAUCUGACCAAAAUCAUUUGAUGACGAUGGAUGGAUCUUCAGAUAAGCCCGAUGAACUGUCAACUGGAGACGAGGAUGUCUCCGUUGAAGUGCAGACACCUUCGACGCCACCCCCUGACCAAAAAAUUGAGGAACAGAACAAGAGCAAUGCGGCUGCUACGAUCGCAGUCCUUGAUACCACAUCACCCCUUGCUGCCAAAGAUGGGACCGAGAACCAAGCGACAUCUCUGGCAGCUUCUACUCCUGCGUAUCUUCUUGCAGCUGAAGCUGAUCCGGUGCCUUCAAAUUUGGAUCGUCUACCGCCUAAUUCACGUAGAGCCAUCAAGAGGAAGAGCGAGCCGGUUGUUCAGGAAGGGGAGCGCAAACGCGGCAGAUAUGGUGGCAUAGUGGGUCGCCCGCGGAAGUCGGAACAACGUGAAAACCGCCAAGGUGCUGAGGAAAAUGAUUUGACACAAGAUCAUGGAGAAAAUGGAACAGAUUCAUUACCCCAGAUGACGACACGUCGAAGUGCCAGACAGUCUGCUGCAGCGCACUUGGAUACUCCGAAGGCCGACGAGCCAACAUCCGAGCAUGACAAAAAAGACUCGAAGCUUUUGAAGAAAGGAGUAACAGCAGAAACUUCUCCGAGCAACGAAAGUAUGACUACAGCGGAAGACAAAACUAUGGGAGGCAUGGAGGAGAAAGACACGGCUACAAUUCACAAGAACACCUCUACACCUGCCCGCAAACCAAAGAAGAAAGGCACACGCUCGUCAGCUGAGCCUAGUACUCGUAAGCGUUCAGCCAAAACUCCGAAACCAGACCUACUGAAGAUGGGGUUGGAGAAAACCACUCCCGUCCCUGUAAAGAAAUCGUCUACAGACAUAGAGAAGAACGGAACCACGCCAACUUCUUCCGAUUCGACUGGUGUUAUUAUGUUCAAUGGAACGAAGGAAACUCAUACUGGCUAUUUAGAGUUGUUCGCACGUCUAACUACCGGCCAAGGCAUCAUUGAGAUUCCCAUUCCUACCGAUCAACUCAACAGCGACGAGGCAAAGAUGAUUGAAAAGUAUGCCGAGUGGAACGCGCAACCAGAUGCAGUUCCAGUCCCGUACGGUCAGUUCCGCCAGAUCUUCUCCUUUGCUAAGAAGGAUUGA